UCUGACCCGUACAAUAAUAAUAAUAUUUUAUUUUUCUUUCUUAUUUCUGUAAUCUUUCUUUUUUGCAAUUUUUGUAAAAAGAAAUUCCACCUUUUCAAGUGAAUCAAGAUUUCAGGUGUCGGUGAUUCUUGGAAUCCAGUUCUGGUGAAAAAAGAAACACCAUAAUACUACUAGUAACAGUGAGGAAAGAUGGUGGAAACGGAGCAUCACCACCACCACCACCAGGCGCCGCCGAAUCUGGCGCCGCCGCCGCCGCUUGGUUCUGCUAGAGGAACUGUUUACCCACCCCAAGAGCAGCUCCUUCAGCUCCAUUACUGCAUCCACUCCAAUCCUUCUUGGGUGCAAACAGUUGUGCUGGCUUUCCAACACUACAUCGUCAUGCUCGGAACAACAGUUAUGAUCGCCUCUGUACUCGUACCUCGAAUGGGUGGCGGCCCUGGUGAUAAAGCUCGGGUCAUCCAAUCAUUGCUCUUUAUGUCGGGAAUAAAUACACUUCUGCAGACAUGGUUCGGCACGCGUCUUCCGACAGUGAUGGGCCCGUCAUUUGCUUACGUUAUAUCAGUAUUGUCAAUUAUCAAUGAUUUAUCCGACAGUGAUUUCACGAACGAGCACGAGAGAUUCAGUCACACCAUGAGAGCCAUUCAAGGGUCGCUUAUAAUAUCAUCGUUUGUGAACAUUAUACUCGGUUACAGCAACGCCUGGGGAAACCUUACUAGGUUCUUCAGCCCAGUGGUUUUAGUACCAGCUGUCUGUGUAGUGGGACUCGGCUUAUUUUCGAGGGGAUUCCCACAGCUCGGUAAUUGUGUGGAAAUUGGUCUACCAAUGUUGAUCCUCCUCGUCGUCUCUCAACAAUACUUGCAACACAUACAUCCAAUCGCUCGGCCCAUGCUUGAGAGAUACGCUUUGCUUGUGUGCACUGCGCUCGUUUGGGCUUUCGCUGCAAUUCUUACAGUUGCAGGUGCUUACAACAACGUCAAGCAACAAACCAAAUUAAGCUGCCGAACCGAUCGCUCUUUUCUCAUGUCAUCCGCUUCAUGGAUCAAGAUUCCGUAUCCAUUUCAGUGGGGUACACCUAUAUUCAGAGCUAGUCAUGUAUUUGGGAUGAUGGGAGCUGCACUCGUUUCUUCUGCCGAGUCCACUGGAACAUUUUAUGCUGCUGCACGGCUUGCGGGUGCCACUUCACCUCCGGGGCAUGUGCUGAGCAGGAGCAUCGGUCUGCAGGGUAUAGGACAGCUGCUUGAAGGGAUAUUUGGUGCUGCUGCUGGUACUACUGCUUCCGUUGAAAACGUCGGCCUUUUGGGACUAACUCGUGUCGGGAGCAGAAGAGUAGUUCAAAUAUCAACCGCUUUCAUGAUCUUUUUCUCCAUAUUCGGUAAAUUCGGAGCCUUUUUCGCAUCGAUUCCUCUGCCAAUAUUUGCCGCCAUAUACUGUAUCUUAUACGGUAUUGUUGCUGCUAUCGGGAUUUCGUUUAUACAAUUCACAAACAACAAUUCGAUGAGGAAUAUCUACAUAUUGGGCAUCUCUUUGUUUUUGGGUAUUUCGAUACCUCAAUAUUUCAUCACGAACACCGACGGAGCUGGACAUGGACCUGUCAGAACAAAUGGAGGAUGGUUUAAUGAUAUAUUGAAUACAAUAUUUUCGUCACCGCCUACCGUGGCACUGACUGUGGGAACGAUUCUGGACAAUACACUUGAAGCCAGGCAUACAGUCGAAGAACGAGGGCUUCCAUGGUUGAUUCCGUUCCAUCAUCGAAAAGGAGAUAGCAGAAACGAGGAAUUUUACAGCUACCCUCUUAGAAUUAACGAGUACAUUCCGACUAGAUUUCUCUGAUUAUUAAAUUAUGCUUUGUAUAUUCUCUUAGAGAGAGUUUCGAACAUAAUUAGUAAGGCGCUUAAAAAGAAUGUAUGGAUAUGCAUCUGUUUACAGCUUUAUAUACUCGUCGAAUAAUAGAAGUAUUCUUGUCAAUGUCAUGUUGUAAAAUGUGAUUUGAAGAGCUAGUCAAUUGAGCUAAAACUAUAACAUCUUAUAGGCCGCGGAUAUAUGCAAGCCCAUUUUUUUAUUA